AGGAGAAAAAUUUGACAUGCUCGAGCGUCGUAACCUGACCCACCCCGUCACAAAGAAAUCUCUCGAAUUCUCCCUCUUGAAAUGCGGGCCUCUUAAUGCGAGCGCUUCUCUGACUUUGGGAUAUUCGUCACUGGGGGACUCGACAGCUUACGGUUGCUUACCCACCCUUCCGUAGCGACAUCGGACGAACAGCCGAUUUUGGGGGUGAUGACUGAGUAUAAUACAAUAAUCCCUCCCCCAACCGGACCGGUGAUCGGGUGCUAAUACUGUGGAAAAGGCACAUUAUCAGACCGCAGCGCAGUACCGAUGGCGGGUUCGGCGGGAGCAAGAAUGUUAAUGACAUUAUCCUCACGAGGGGUGGUGUAGCUGAUCAGAGUGGGCCUUGCUCCCCUGCGUCCCCCCCUUCCACUGUCGCUGAGGGGAGUGGGAGUAGGAAUGUCGGACCUCAUUGGAUGGUCGCAUAUGGUCGAAAUGAGUACUUUACCGGCCGGCAGGAGAGUAUUUCGCGGAUACAGGAGCUGUCGGAGGGAAAUUCCCAUAAUCGGAUUUCGUUGUAUGGGUCGGGGGGAGCUGGGUAUGUAUGAGGUUUUUUCCUUUGGUUUUUUUUAAUGGUAUCGAGGAUUACUAACUGAGUGUGUUUUAGCAAGUCACAAUUGGCGAUAGAAUACGUAUACCGGAAUGAAGGCCUCCGGAAUAUCUUCUGGGUUCACGGGAGCAGCUUCCUGAGUUUCAGCCAGGGUUUUGGCUCUAUCUCGCAGUAUAUCGACACGCCCGAUAGCAGUGCCGGUGCCACCGAACAUGGGCUACUCUCGAACGUUAAGAGGUGGCUCGAGAGC